GUCAUCAAACCUGAGGGAAAAAAAAAAGGAAAAAGAAAUAAAAAUAAACACGAUUUUUUUUCUACAAAAGAAAAUGGAAAACAAAAUUUGAGAGUUGAAAAGAAAAAAUUAAAUUUCCCUCUAGGGUUUGACUGUGAAUUGGGGGAAAAUCGCGUGUGGCCCAGAUAGUGGAAAUCACCGGUUCCGUCAAGUUCGGUUUCCUACGUCGGAAGAUCCGACCUCGAUUUCCCCGAAACUCGCGGGUUCUAGAGAGAGAAAAUUGGUGUCAGUAGCUGCAGCUAGAGAGAGAAAAUGCGGGUGAUGAUGACGAUGAAUUUUUGAACUUUGGGAUCGGAGGGAGGGAAAUAAAUGGGGCUUUCUAGAAAUUCGUAGGGAUUUAAAGGUUUUUGCAUUUCUGGUGAAGGUGGUGAAUUCUGAGGUGAUUGCAUGCAAUCUGGGGGUGGUGCCGGCGGGGUUCCCGGCCGGAAUCCGGUGGGGCGGGCUGCGUCGACGUCUUCAGCAGCUGUAUCAUCGCCGCCUUCUUCAUCUUCAGCCUCCCACUUGGGAUUGGACUCUUUGCAGCAGCAGCAACAACAGCAACAGCAGCAACAACAGCAACAGCAGCUGCUAGGUUCUUCUAGGCAGUCAUUUCAACAGCAGCUGCUUAGAAAACCUGAAGGGAGUGAAACAUUUUUGGCAUAUCAAGCUGGGCUUCAAGGGGGGGUAUUUGGAAGAAACAAUUUCUCAUCUCCUAGUGCAAUGCAACUUCCUCAGCAAUCUCGAAAAUUUAUUGAAUUAGCUCAGCAUGGGUCCAACCAGGGUCAAGGUGUUGAGCAGCAAAUGCCAAAUCCUGUCCAGCAAGCACACUUUCAAUAUGCUCUCCAGACGGCUCAGUCAAAAUCUGCAUUGGCAGUGCAGUCACAGCAGCCUAAACUCGGAAUGUUAGGCCCUUCUUCUGUGAAGGAUCAGGAAAUGCGAAUGGGAAAUUUGAAAAUGCAGGACCUUAUGUCUAUGCAGGCAGUGAGUCAAGCCCAAGGAUCCUCUUCUAGGAAUUCAUCUGAACGUUUUGCUCAUGGGGAAAAGCGUAUAGAGCAAGGACAGCAGCUAGCACCUGAUCAGAAGAAUGAGGGAAAACCUUCAAGUCAGGGCCCCACUGGUCACUUAAUGCCUGGAAAUAUUAUAAGACCUGGACAAGCACAGGCAAAUCAGCAGAGCAACCCAAAUACUAUGAAUAACCAGAUUGCGGUAUCUGCUCACUUGAGGGCGAUGCAGGCAUGGGCACAUGAACAAAAUAUUGAUCUAUCACAUCCUGCGAAUGCUAACUAUAUGGCUCAGCUACUGAUGCAAUCAAGGAUGAGUCAACAACCAAAGGCCAAUGAUGCCAAUGUUGGUGCUCAGUCAUCAUCUGUCCCUGUUUCAAACCAGCAGGUUACUUCUCCAGCAGUUGCAAGUGAGGGCUCAGCACAUGCUAAUUCAUCUAGUGAUGUGUCUGCACAGUCAGGUUGUUCAAAAGCCAAGCAGGUUGCUCCACCCAGCCAUUUAAGCUCACCAAUUAAUGCUGUUGCAGCCAGUAACUCCAGUGGCAUGGCAGUGCAGCAAUUCAGUCUUCAUGGAAGAGAUGCUCAAGGAUGUUUGAGGCAAUCAGUUGUAGUUGUAAACGGAAUGCCUCCUGUGCAUCCACAGCAAUCUUCAGAAAACAUAAACUUAGUUGCAGAUCAUCCUUUGAAUGCAAAAACUUCAUUAUCUGGGCCAGAACCUGCAAAAAUGCAGCACACCAGGCAAUUAAGCCAAUAUGCUUCUCAGGAUGGAGGUCUGACAAAUGAAGGGCCCUCAGGAAAUCACCCCAAACCUCAAAGGGAGCCAUCUCAGAUGCCUCAACAACGAACUGGUUUUACCAAACAACAGCUUCAUGUUCUUAAAGCACAGAUACUAGCAUUUAGGCGCCUGAAGAAAGGAGAAGGUACACUCCCCCAAGAACUUCUUCGGUCCAUUGUUCCGCCACCUCUUGAUUCUAAAGUUCAGCAGCCAAUUCAUUCUGCUGGUGGACAAAAUCAAGACAAAUCUGUUGGAAAUAUUGUGGCAGAGCAACCAAGCCAAAAUAGUGCCAAGGAUUCACAACCUAUCACAUCUAUUAAUGGAAAGAGUUCUUCAAAGCAGGAAGCCUUUGUCAGAGAUGAGAAAUCCACUGUAACAGCAGCUCAUAUGCAAGCUAUGCCUCCUGUUGAAAAGGACUCUGUUGGCAAGGAACAACAGCAGUCUGUUGGAUUUUCUGCUAAGUCAGACCAGGAAACUGAACAUGGAGUGAGCAGAGUUCCUGUUAGAAAUGAGCUGCCGUUAGAUAAGGGAAAGGCUAUUGCACCCCAAGCUUCUAUAACUGACACAAUGCAAAUUACUAAACCUGCACAAGCAAGCGCUGUUGCCCAGCAAAAGGAUGCAGGACCCACCAGAAAAUAUCAUGGGCCCCUAUUUGAUUUUCCUUCCUUCACUAGGAGACAUGACUCUUUUGGGUCUUCAAUGAUGGUAAACAACAACAAUAAUUUGUCACUGGCAUAUGAUGUGAAAGAGCUGCUUUUUGAUGAAGGCAAGGAAGUCUUUAAUAAAAGAAGGACAGAAAAUUUGAAGAAGAUUGAAGGAUUACUUGCAGUGAACUUGGAGAGGAAAAGAAUUAAGCCAGAUCUUGUGUUGAAGUUGCAAAUUGAAGAGAAGAAGCUUCGCCUGUUAGAUCGGCAGGCACGUUUAAGGAAUGAGAUUGAUCAACAGCAACAAGAAAUAAUGGCAAUGCCAGAUAGGCCAUACAGGAAGUUUGUUAGGUUAUGUGAGCGUCAGCGUAUCGAACUUGCUAGACAAGUUCAGGCAUCUCAGAGAGCUUUAAGGGAGAAGCAACUGAAAUCUAUAUUUCAAUGGCGCAAAAAGCUUCUUGAAGCACACUGGGCUAUUCGUGAUGCCCGUACUUCUCGCAACAGAGGGGUAGCCAAAUAUCAUGAGAGGAUGUUGAAGGAGUUCUCAAAACGUAAGGAUGAUGACAGGAACAAAAGGAUGGAAGCCUUAAAAAACAAUGAUGUUGACAGAUAUAGGGAAAUGUUACUGGAGCAGCAGACUAGCAUGCCAGGUGAUGCUGCAGAGAGAUAUGCUGUUCUUUCAACUUUCUUAUCCCAGACUGAAGACUAUCUCCAAAAAUUAGGAAAUAAGAUAACUGCUGCUAAAAAUCAACAGGAAGUGGAAGAGGCAGCAAAAGCUGCAGCAGCUGCUGCGCGAUUGCAGGGUCUCUCUGAAGAAGAAGUCAGAGUGGCAGCAGCAUGUGCUGGAGAUGAAGUGAUGAUUAGAAAUCAUUUCAUGGAGAUGAAUGCUCCUAGAGACAGUUCUUCUGUCAGCAAGUAUUACAACCUUGCUCAUGCUGUGAAUGAAAGGGUUGUAAGGCAACCAUCAAUAUUACGGGCUGGAAUACUGAGAGACUAUCAGCUUGUUGGUUUGCAAUGGAUGCUUUCUUUGUAUAACAACAAAUUGAAUGGAAUUUUGGCUGACGAGAUGGGUCUUGGCAAAACUGUACAGGUUAUGGCAUUAAUUGCCUACUUGAUGGAAUUUAAAGGAAACUAUGGCCCACAUCUUAUAAUAGUCCCAAAUGCUGUUAUGGUUAACUGGAAGAGUGAGUUGCACACUUGGUUACCAUCUGUUUCAUGCAUUUUUUAUGUUGGAAGCAAGGAUUAUCGCUCAAAAUUAUUUUCUCAAGAGGUUCUGGCUAUGAAAUUUAAUGUCCUUGUGACUACUUAUGAGUUCAUCAUGUAUGACCGGUCCAAGCUUUCAAAAAUUGAUUGGAAGUACAUCAUAAUUGAUGAAGCUCAGAGAAUGAAGGAUAGAGAUUCAGUUCUAGCUCGUGAUCUUGAUAGAUAUCGUUGUCAUAGACGCCUGCUUCUGACAGGAACACCUUUACAGAAUGAUUUGAAGGAGCUAUGGUCCCUUUUAAAUUUACUUCUUCCUGACGUUUUUGACAAUAAGAAAGCCUUUAACGAUUGGUUCUCGAAACCAUUUCAAAAAGAAGGUCCCAGUCAAAAUGCAGAGGAUGAUUGGCUUGAGACAGAGAAGAAAGUUAUCAUUAUCCAUAGACUUCAUCAGAUUCUUGAGCCUUUCAUGCUCAGGCGCCGUGUUGAAGAUGUUGAAGGCUCGCUUCCACCGAAGGUAUCUAUAGUCUUACGAUGUAAAAUGUCAGCUAUCCAGAGUGCCAUUUAUGACUGGGUGAAAUCAACCGGUUCCCUUCGUCUUGAUCCAGAGGAUGAGAAACGUAAGAUUCAAAAAAAUCCAAAUUACCAGGAAAAGUCAUAUAAAACUUUAAGUAACAGAUGCAUGGAGCUGCGUAAGACUUGCAAUCAUCCGUUGCUUAAUUACCCAUUUUUUAGUGACUUAUCUAAAGAGUUCAUUGUAAAAUCCUGUGGGAAAUUGUGGAUCCUCGAUAGGAUCCUUAUUAAGCUUCAAAGAACUGGACAUCGAGUUCUGCUGUUUAGUACCAUGACAAAGCUCCUAGACAUAUUAGAAGAGUACCUGCAAUGGCGGAGACUUGUGUACCGAAGAAUUGAUGGGACAACAAGUUUGGAAGACCGUGAAUCAGCUAUAGUGGACUUUAAUAGCCCUGAUUCAGACUGUUUCAUCUUCUUGCUUAGUAUACGAGCUGCUGGGAGAGGCCUUAACCUUCAGUCUGCUGAUACAGUUGUCAUUUAUGAUCCUGAUCCUAACCCUAAAAAUGAGGAGCAGGCUGUGGCCAGAGCUCACCGCAUUGGACAGAAAAGAGAGGUCAAAGUUAUCUACAUGGAAGCUGUUGUGGACAAGAUCUCUAGCCAUGAGAAAGAGGAUGAACUGAGAAGUGGAAGCACAGUUGAUAUGGAGGAUGAACUUGUGGGUAAGGAUCGCUAUAUAGGAUCCAUUGAGAGCCUUAUAAGGAACAAUAUUCAACAAUAUAAGAUAGAUAUGGCUGAUGAGGUUAUUAAUGCUGGACGUUUUGAUCAAAGGACUACACAUGAAGAGAGACGUUUGACUUUGGAGACAUUAUUGCAUGAUGAAGAAAGGUAUCAAGAAACUCUCCAUAAUGUUCCUUCGCUGCAGGAGGUGAAUCGCAUGAUUGCUAGGAAUGAAGAGGAAGUUGAAUUGUUUGAUCAAAUGGAUGAAGAAGAAGAUUGGGUUGAGGAGAUGACGCAGUAUGAUCAGGUGCCUAGGUGGCUUCGAGCCACUACAAAAGAAUUUAAUGCUGCCAUUGCUGCUUUAUCAAAAAGACCAUCAAAGAAAACUGUUUUGGGUGGUGGUACUGGCUUGGAAUCCAGUGAAAUUUCUGAAAAAAGAAGGGGACGGCCAAAGGGAAAAAAUCAUCCUAGUUAUAAAGAGUUGGAAGAUGAAAAUGAAUACUCUGAAGCAAGCUCUGAAGACAGAAAUGGAUAUUCUGCACAUGAAGGGGAGAUUGCAGAGUCUGAAGAUGAUGGGUUUAUUGGGGCUGAUGGAUCUCAGCCCAUGGAUAAAGCUCAAUUGGAAGAAAAUGGUGCACCUUUUGAUGCUGUCUAUGAAUUUCCUCGGUCUUCAGAAGGUGCUAGAAAUAAUCACGUGAUUGAAGAAGCUGGUUCCUCAGGAUCAUCCUUGAACAGUCAGAGGUUGACACAAAUAGUGUCACCAUCAGUUUCUGCUCAGAAAUUUGGUUCCCUCUCGGCUUUAGAUUCCAGGCCAAGUUCCACUUCAAAAAGGAUGGGAGAUGACUUAGAGGAGGGUGAAAUUGCAGUAUCAGGUGAUUCUCACAUGGAUCAUCAACAAUCAGGAAGUUGGAUUCAUGAUCGUGAUGAAGGUGAGGAUGAACAAGUUUUGCAGCAACCCAAGAUUAAACGUAAGCGUAGUCUUCGUGUUCGGCCCCGUCAUACCAUGGAAAGGCCUGAGGACAAGUCUGGCAGUGAGAUCGUGUCUCUUCAACGUGGAGAAUCAUCUAUUUUAUCAGACUAUAAAUAUCAACUGCAAACAAGGACUGACCCAGAAUCAAAACCAUUAGGAAACCCCAAUGCCAGCAAGCAUGAUAAGAAUGAAUCAUCAUUAAAAAAUAAGCGAAAUUUACCUUUAAGGAAAGUAGCUAAUACAUCCAAAUUACAUGGCUCUCCUAAAUCUAGUCGUUUGAACUGCAUGUCUAUUCCUUCAGAAGAUGGCAGUAAAGACACUAGAGAAAAUCGGGAGGGGAAGCCUAUCAAUUUAAGUGGAUCUUCAACACGAACCACUAAAAUGACUGAAAUCAUCCAAAGAGGGUGCAAGAAUGUAAUUAGCAAGCUCCAGAGGAGAAUAGACAAGGAUGGCCAGCAAGUUGUACCUUUGCUGACAGCUUUUUUGAAGAGGAUUGAGAAUUCUGGGUACACUGCUGGAUCUGGGAAAACUCUGUUGGAUUUACGAAAGAUUGAUCAGCGGAUUGAUAGAUUGGAGUAUAAUGGAGUAAUGGAGCUUGUUUCUGAUGUGCAGUUCAUGUUGAGGAGUGCAAUGCAUUCUUAUGGCUACUCAGAAGAGGUAAACAAUGAAGCAGACCGGGUUCAUAAUCUCUUUUUUGAUAUCUUGAAAAUUGCAUUUCCCAACGUGGACUUCAGAGAAGCAAGAAAUGGACUUUCUUCCCCUCCCCAAGUUUCUGCCAGUGCUGUGGCAUCCCCAAGGCAGGUGACUGUUGGCCCAAGCAAGAGGAACAGGGUGAUGAAUGAUGUUGAAACUGACCCAACCCUUCCACAAAAGCCACUACAACGCGGAUCUGCUUCCGCUGGUGAUAGUUCGAGGAUCAAAGUCCAGCUGCCACAGAAAGAAUCAAGAACUGGAGGUGGUUCCGGCAGUGCCAGGGAGCAACAUCAGCAGGAUAAUCCUUCACUGCCCACUCAUCCAGGUGAACUGGUGGUAUGCAAGAAGAAAAGAAAUGACAGGGAAAAAUCAUUGGUGAAGACAAGGACCGGAUCAGCUGGUCCUGUCUCACCACCAAGCAUGGGUCCUGCUAUAAAAAGUCCAAGGUCAGGUUCAAACCCCAGAGAUUCUCGGCCGGUUCAACAGGCUGCGCAAGCAGCGGGACGGGUUGGCCAGCCAUCUCAGCAACCAAAUGGGUCUGGCGGGUCACUCGGCUGGGCCAACCCGGUGAAGCGCCUUAGAUCAGAUUCUGGUAAGAGGAGACCAAGCCAUAUGUAGAUUUUUCAAGGCACACAAUCAUGGUAAAAAAAAUAACAUUGUUUCUAGUUUCAGGAAGAGUUUUAGUGGGCUUUACCUUUGAUAGUGUUCAUCCCAUACUGUUAAUAAUAACAGAGUUAGGUCCCCUUUGUAUUUUACAGCUACCUCAAUGGGUUGGUUUAUGACAGUGGUUUCCUGUUUUUGUUGGGUAAACCUGCAUCUUGCAGGAAUUGCUUUUCUUUAGAUAUAGCAGCUUAAUCUCUUGUAUAGUGACUUGUUGGGAUCAUAUUAGUCCAUUCAAGGGUUAAUUAGAGUCAAGGUACUGUUUUACCCGGUGACAUUCUCCUCCUUCUAAAUUGUUAUAUACAAAUUAUAAUGAUAUACCUUGAUUUCUGUCUAA